AUAAUAAUUGUAUUAAUAGACUGGUGGAGGACCUGGACCUUUGUAUUUUAUGGUUUCAAGAAUAUUCGAAGGAAUUUAUAAAAUCCCACAAGAUUAGUCCAGAUGUUUAUAUACAACUAGCAUUACAAUUUACACACUUUAGAUUGCAUGGAAACUUAGUAGCAACUUACGAGAGCGCAGGCAUUCGAAGAUUCGCAUUAGGAAGAAUCGAUUGCAUCAGAGCAGCCAGCCCGGAAGCUCUGGCCUGGGCGAAGGCCAUGUGCCAAGGGGAUCCCGAAAGUCAAACCACGAAUCAGCAAAGCAACACCCUAGACGAUGGCACCAAAAGAGUUCAGUUCACCAUUUACAGUCAAGAGAGGAUCAAGGAGCUGUUUGAUUUGGCAGUACAACGACAGACUAAGGAAAUGAACGACAACAUAAAUGGUUAUGGAAUCGACAACCACUUAAUGGGCCUCCGUUACGCCGCGCAAGAAGCUGGAGAGCCAAUCCCGGAUAUUUUCACUGAUCAGGCUUAUAAGAUCGUCAAUCAUUUUGCUCUUUCCACGUCACAGGUAACUUCGAAAAACGAUGCAAUCAUUGGUUACGGUCCAGUAGUGCCAGACGGUUACGGUUGCGCUUACAAUUUGAGAAGCAACGCCAUCAUAUUUUCUGUAUCUGCUUUUCAUAGCGAUGGCAGGACGAACGCAACACGUUUCGCUCAAACGCUCAAGCAAAGCUUAUGGGACAUGGCAGACAUGUUAAACAGAGCGAAUCAGAGAUAAACUGGCGACUAAGAGAUAAAGUCACGCCAAAGCAAAGUAUUAAGAUGCUAGAUAGAAAUAAUGAUCAUUUCUCGGUUGCGAGUCCGAAAUCAUAUCGAAAGGAAGUAUACUCGAGCUCGUCUGAGAAAGUAUUUAGCGUAGUACGAAUAGUAAGCGUUUAAGAGAACUGUUCGCAUUAGAACUCACACAAUUUGCUAGAUAUCGCUGAUUUGAUUCCUCUUUAAAAUCAUGAAUAGGAAUAGAACAGAACCGAUGCAAAAACUUUCUAUAUCUAUUUCGAAUAAUCUGUUUCCAAUGAAUGCAUUUUAGCUAAUAAUUCUACAUAUCAUAGUGAAUUUUGUAUUUGAUUGUUCCCUCGAUUCAUGUUCGUGAUAUAAUAACGCAAAUACGAAUAGAAAUAACCAAAAGAAAUUGUGUCAUUUGAAAGAAAUUUUGUCUCGCUAUUCUUCCCAGUUUACAUAUUUGAUAUUUAAUAUCUUCUUUUAAGUAUUGUAUAAUAUUGUCGAUAAUUUUUCUGAUAAUUAAAGAUAGUAAGUUUGUUUGUAAAAAAUACUAAUCUAUGGUUAUCUUAAUGAAACUGUUUUAAUUUUAUUUUAAAAUUAGAAAAGAUAUACAUGUUCCCAGGGGCAGAGUCUAUUAAGUCAAACUUUUCAAGCUUUAAAGGAGAGGAAAUCAAAGUUGCAGAAACUUUGUAACAAAAUGUGCAACUAUUAUCAGUUUUACAUUUUUAUAUUAAAAACUAAAGGAUUAAAGAACGACAAAAUUCUUAUCGUCGGGAUAACUUUAAUACGGGUAACGUAAAAUGUCUUUUUU